AUUCAUAUUAUUGCUGUCAAAGUGAAAACACAUGGUUUUUUGAGUAGAUACGCAUUUAGGAAAAAAAUGUGAAAUUUCAUGAGUUUACAUGCAUAAACGUGUUUUAUCCAGAAGAAUAUCAAGCCAAAUAAAAAUACCUGAGAUUUGUGAACGAACAGACGUUUUUCGUGGCAAUUGCGUAUUGAAUUGGACCUGACAAAAUGUCUGUUUACAGUGCAUCAAUGGCAACGACGCCAAUCCUCAAAUCGGCCAAUACGUCACUGAAUCGAAAGAAAAUCCACGAACGAAUCCGGAAUACGGUGCAAUUUCAACUAAUAAGCCAGAAUGGUUUGCGAAAGGUGCUAGAAGAUGCGUCCAAAGGCAUAAACGUUGGGGCAUAUGAAGAUUACAUACGAGCGAUGCAUGAUGUUGAUCUCAGUGAUCCCGAUUUCGGUGUACUGAUCAAAGAGAGUCGCCAAUGCAUUGAACUUCUCAAACCACACAAAUUUACAUUGUUUGUCGAAACACUCAUCUGUCUGAAUUGGAUAAAUCGCAAUGAGACACUUAUCGUUGAAUAUCAAGAAUUCUUAAUCGAUUUAUUGUCUGAACAUAAUAAAUAUACAAGUUUUGCUCUGUCAAAGUUGAUACAAUUCUGGGUACCGAAACCAAUUGACGAGUCAUUUUGGAAAAACGGCGUUCCUGAUGAACGCAUUAAAUUUUUCCUCAAUUACGUACAUCAAACACUUGGCAAAAUACUCGAUGUGAUCCCGAUGGCCAACGAUUUUGCCAUUGAAGUUAUUGAAAAACUGUUUCCCUACUACACAAAGCCGUCUUACGUCAUAGCCGGCUACAUGAACAAUAUGAUGUGGAUGAUGGAAUAUCGGCCGAUGUUCCGCGAAGAUCUGCUACAAAUAUUGUUUAAGAAUUUCGUUUUGAUGGAUGUAAGUGUGCGACGAAGUGAUAUUGAGGCAGCCGAACGAUUGAGUCAAGAUGCAGAGGAGAUUUUCAAAAUGGAUGCUGAUGAUGUUAAACUACAAAAUCAAGAAGGAAUGCAACAUCCCAUUGCACAAACCAUUGAUAUUUGCUUGAACAAACUAUUUGAAUACAUAACGGCACAAUGUCAAUCAAAUCCAAAUGAAGAUUCCAAUAAAACCACCCUUCGAUGCUCACAUUUCUUCAAAAUUCUCAUGAAAUCGUUUGAGGAUUAUAUUCUGCCAACACACAAGACAAAUCACAUUCAAUUUGUGAUGUUCUAUUUCUGCAGCUUAAGGACUUCGAUAUCCGAAUCGUUCAUCAGUUAUCUAUGUUCAAAAGUAUGGGAUCCAAAUGUGGCGACAACGGUUCGCCAAUCGUCCGUCGGUUACAUUGCUUCGCUGCUGGCACGAGGCAAAUUCAUUUCGCAACAGCGGAUAAAGCAUACAUUGCAUGAUCUCUGCCGAUGGGCACAUGAUUAUGUCGAAAAGUCGGAUGCCAGUCAAAAUACGCAAAAUAUCAAGGUGCAUCUCGUGUUCUAUGCCGUGUGUGAGGCAAUCUUCUAUGUGAUAGCAUUUCGUAGUCGUGAUUUAACAAAUUCAAGUGAAAAUUUAACAUUUUUACAAUCGUUGCAAUUGUCCACACUGGUGACGUGUCACCUGAACCCGUUGCGUGUAUGUUUGCCAGCUGUUGCAACCACAUUUGCCGGUGUAACACGUGCCCAUCAACUAGCCUACUGCCAUACGAUACUCGAGCGGAAUGCACGACGAAAACUAGCCAUGGUUUAUCAAAAUGAAAUUGUGAUGCCCGAAGAAACAUUAGACACAACGUUCCCAUUUGAUCCGUAUCUAUUGAAAAAGUCCGGCAAAUACAUCGAAGCAGUUUAUCAACAAUAUCAGCCGUGUGAAGAUGAAGAUCCAAACGGUGUACACAGCCAAAUAGCUACGAAUGAACAACGACGACGAAAACGCGUCGAAUCACUGAUGUCAUCGGUUGAUGACGAUGAUUUUCUCUCCGAUCCAAAACGCAACAAACUAGCCGAACAUUCGAAAAAUUACGAAAAAGAAAUUCUCUUUUCGUAUGGCACAUCGCCCGGCUUUCAUUAAGCAUUUGUCAUUUAGCUAUUCAAAUCAAGUGGAACGUAUAUUUACUAUAAGUUUUUAUGGUAUAAUUUAUAUAAAAAUAAUAAAAAUAAUAAAAA